CAACAUCAGGGCACUCUGCACAGAUUGCUUGUUUUGUGAUGGGUGCGAAAUGCAAAGCUACUAUUCAUUUUAAUUUAAAACGAGUGCAAUAGGAUAAUAACAUAAAACACAGAUAGUUGCCGCAAUGCACGGGCUCGCCGUCCUCCCCGCCGUGCUGCUCCUGCUGCUCCUCCGCUGCUGCUCGCCUGUCCGGGGAUACUUCGCGGAGGAGCGCUGGAGCCCCGAGUCUCCGCUUCUGGCUCCCCGGGUUCUCCUCGCCCUCAUCUGCAGAAACUCCGAACACUCUUUGCCGUACUUUCUGGGAACUAUAGAGCGACUCAAGUAUCCGAAGGACCGCAUGGCUCUAUGGGUAGCAACUGAUCACAAUGAGGACAACACCACAGUAAUUCUGCGUGACUGGCUUUUAAAGGUGGAGAACGUUUACCAUUAUGUGGAGUGGAGGCCAAAAGAAGAACCCAGUCGUUACGAGGAUGAAGAUGGUCCAAAACAUUGGACAGAUCUCCGCUAUGAGCAUGUUAUGAAACUUCGGCAAGGAGCGCUGGAGUCGGCUCGUGAAAUGUGGGCCGAUUACUUGAUGUUGGUGGACUGUGAUAACCUUCUCACUGAUCGAGACGUACUCUGGAAGUUAAUGAAAGAAAAUAAAACAAUAAUAGCUCCAAUGCUUGAAUCCCGUGGUGCCUAUUCAAACUUCUGGUGUGGAAUGACUUCUCAGGGUUACUACAGACGGACACCUGCCUACCUCCCUAUCAGGAAGCAAGUCCGCAAAGGUUGUUUUGCUGUUCCGAUGGUUCACUCCACAUUCCUUGUAGACCUCAGGAAACAGGCCAGCAGGCAGCUAGCCUUUCACCCACCACAUCCAGAAUACAGUUGGGCAUUUGAUGACAUCAUUGUGUUUGCAUUCUCUGCUCAGAUGGCAGAUGUUCAAAUGUUUGUAUGCAACAGGGAAACUUAUGGUUAUAUUCCUGUACCCCUGCGCUCCCACAAUACCUUGCAAGACGAAGCGGAUAGCUUCUUACACUCGCUUUUGGAGGUUAAUGUGCGGAAUCCUCCCCUGAUGCCUUCCAAGUACAUCCGUGUCCCUAGAAAAAAGCCUGACAAAAUGGGCUUUGAUGAAGUGUUCAUGAUAAACUUGCCGCGACGGACUGACCGCAGGGAACGCAUGCUAAGGGCACUGCAUGAGCAGAAGAUCGCUUGCAAGAUCAUUGCAGCAGUAGAUGGAAAAGCGAUGAAUGUCAGUGAAAUUCAUGCCCUGGGUAUCCAUAUGCUCCCUGGAUACCAGGACCCUUACCAUGGUCGACCACUGACAAAGGGAGAACUAGGCUGCUUUCUUUCCCACUACAACAUCUGGAAGGAGAUUGUAGAUCGCCGUCUGAAAACUUCCCUCGUGAUUGAAGACGACCUGCGUUUUGAGGUCUUCUUCAAACGUCGCUUGAUGAACUUGAUGAGUGAGGUUGAGGAUGAAGGUCUGGACUGGGACCUUAUAUAUAUUGGUCGGAAAAGAAUGCAAGUGGAUCACAAGGAGAAAGCAGUGCCAAAUAUUCAUAACUUAGUAGAAGCAGAUUAUUCAUAUUGGACUCUAGGUUAUAUGAUUUCCCUGCAGGGUGCUGAGAAGCUUUUGGAAGCAGAACCACUAAAAAGGAUUUUACCCGUCGAUGAAUUUCUUCCUAUUAUGUACAACAAACACCCUGUCUCUGAUUAUAUGGAGCAGUUUGAAAACAGGGACCUGAAGGCCUUUUCUGCAGAGCCGCUCCUGGUGUUUCCGACUCACUAUACGGGCGACCCCGGUUACAUCAGCGACACGGAGACCUCCACUGUGUGGGACAAUGAUAAGGUCCGUACAGACUGGGACAGAGAAGCCCGCUCCGGAAAAACACAAGAACAGGCCGAGAUCAGCCGCGAGGCCCAAAACACAGACGUGCUCCACUCCCCUUUGGACAGUACAGCUCGAGACGAGCUUUAAAAGAAAUUGAGAGAGAGUGAGUGAGCUUAAAAUUGAAAGAUUCCGUUACUAAGACAUCUGAAAAUUUUUAUACUUUUUUAACCAAAAUGUUUUUGAUUUACUUUCACAGCAGGGAUGUGAUAUUGAAGUUUAAAGAAUUGGAUUUUUCAGACGUGACAAUUUCAAAAGGGAUCAUGGCUGACUUUUAUUUUGUAUUCUUUUGUUUUAUUAAAAUUGGGCACUAGACUUGUCAUUAUCAAUGGCAUUUGCAGUACUCGCUUUCUGUCUGUCAUACAGAAAUCAACAGAUGCAUAUAAAAUUAGAUUGUUACAUUUCAGCCAUUUUAGGUCAACUAAUUUUAUGUUACACAGCAAAAUGUUUAUUUUCCAAACAUCUGAACAGUUGCAGAUGAAUAAACAAAACUCAGGACUUGUGAACAUGUUUGGUUGCAAAUUAAAAAAAGAAAAAAAUAGUUAUUUUGUAAUUUUCUUUUUUUUAGUAAACCAUUUCAUCUGAGGCGUUUGGAAAUAUGUUCCACAUGCUAUAAAAAUGAUUCACCCUUUUACUGUGGAAAGAUAUGUGUGUGGUUUAUUGUAUGAAGAUGAAAUUAAAGGUUUCAUUUUUAAAAGUA